CCCAAAUGAAUCACCUCUUUGCCUUUAAAAGUAGAAGUACUGCAUAGUCGAUUGUAGUUAUCAAGAUGGGCAUCGACUGAAAAGACAUGUCCUCUUCGAGAGCAGGAGGACUCUUCAGGCUACGACGAGAGCGUGGCUCACCCCUCGCUCUACUCGCGUAGUAUUGUUGCAGAAGGAGCGAGUACCCAAGAGAGGGCGAAUGUGGAAAAUGGAGAGUCUUCUAGAGUUUAGAGUCUUGCCUUCGCUGGCAAGACGAGUCGUCUUCCUGUCGGCGCUUCUUCUGGGCGCAGCUCCAGCAGUCAGCGGAGAAAAGUUUCUCCAGAAGCAAACGCCAGAAUGCACCUGCCAAAUAUGCGAGUCUGCCAAACGAACGGAGUCCUACGAGUGUGGGGUACCUACUAAUACUAUGAAAUCUUCAGAACUCUGAUCAUGCACAUUCUUAUGCUGUAGUUCUUACUAGUACUUUCUUGAAGAUAGAAAACGUGAGUCCUCUACCUUUUUUUUUUUUCUUGACCUUUAUUCGACGGGGGUAGUAGUUGAUGUAGUCCAUGAUCCUUCCUCCAAAUCAGGCCAAUCACCAUUCCAAAUCAGGCCCAAAGCAUGUGCGAGCCCGAACCCUUCUCCUUGUCCGAAAGCCUUCUCUGCAUGGUUCCUUCUGACUCUGCCCUUAUGCCAGGGGAGCAAGGUUUGGGCGUCCCAAAGCAGAAGUUCUGCUUGAAUUCCUGUGUACCCCAGCAGGAUCCGAACACUCUGAAACUGCAGAUGGACGCAAUGUGUACGGACAUUAACGAAGAGCAAAUGGAACUGAUUCCUGAGGACCCGAAUGGCGUUGAUCCAGCCUGUGUAAUUGCGCACUUGGAAAGCUUAGAUCCGGAUUAUAAACGUACUUUUUCUACUACAACUGACCUGCAGUUGUAUCCGGAUUAUAAACGUAAGUACUUUCUCUACUACAACUGACCUACAGUUCUUGUAUACGUCCUCGUUUUCUACUACAAGUACAACUGACCUGCAGUUGUAUACGUCCUCGUACAAGUGAUGUUGGAGUUGGUCGUCAGGGAGUCAUAACUUCUCUUGUUUCAUCUUGUGAACAGUUGUAACUAGUGUCUAGUCAAACCCGAUGCGGUUCUUGCCGAUUUCAAAUAUUCAAAUGAAAAUUCAAUCAGAACAUCUUUCUCAAUCAUCUAUAUCUAUCAAGAAUCCUUCUCACAGCCAUAGUCAUCGAAGGCGCAGUUGCAGACAGCUCUUCCAGUGCAGCGUCCGCAGCAGCAGCUGGCGCCGAUGGCGGAGAGGAUGGCGCUGAAAAAAUGGCUCCGCCACCCAGAGCAACGGAGAAAGAUGUUUUACAUUUGCAUGCCAACACGGUGAAGACUCAAGCCACACUCCUGAACGUACGUGCAGCAAGAGCGGCUACACUUAUGAUAAAGGUUUAAGAUGUCGUGUUUAGAUUUUUUUGUCAGUCUUUCGGCAAUUUGUUCUACAUAAUUACCUGGUUCUUGUCAUAUUAAGUGCCCCCUUCUAGCUCCUACCUCUUCUAAUCUCAGAGCUGAGGAAGCUGCUAUCUCCUCCGAAGAGUCUCUAGAAGCGGCUGAGCAGGCAGCUACGGAAAACGAGACAGCUCUGGCAGACAUAAAGAGCAUUCUGGCACAAACGAAAUUGUACAAGCAAGCGGCAUGGAAAGCACGUAGAAUUAGUGAUAUUGGUGUUGUACUACUUGUAGUCUAGAAGAACAAGGGGAAUCUCAUACAAAAUGCUGCUUCUUGGUCUACUUGUUUCCUUUUCUAUUUCUUCAACAUUCCAUUUUUCCCACACUUGUGGGAUUGUACCGUCCCCCUGGUAGUCGAGGAGUACUAGUAGGGAUGCCAAUCAAUCAAUCAAUCCGACACCAGGUGAGGAAACGAAAGCUCUGCUAGGCGAAAUUAACAGUGCCGCGUCCACCGCAGCACAACACGCAGCACAGAAGGCCAAGGCAGCGGCUGAGGAGGACUUAGGAAAAGCUCAGAAGUUGCGUGACGAAAAUGUUGGUCGCUUCACGCCUGUUGUAGAGCCAAUUGCGGUGGUCACUGCUGCUGCUGCUAGAGCAACAGCUCCUUACGAUGUGGCGAGUGCGAAGGCUGCAGCGGUGCAGAGUGCGUUUGCUGGAUCGGCUCAGAAGUUAUGGUCGUGAGAAGUGCCAUACAGUGGGUGGAGAGUCUUCAAACUCAAAAGUUUCAUAUAAUCAAGUAUGAUUUUUUACCUUGUAGAAACUGAGCAAUCUCAUGAUGGAGGAUGCAAAUCUUUUGAUUUAUCAGGUGUCUUCUCCUGCUCUAAGAUUGCUCAACCGCAAAGCCCAUGCAGUACAGAGAAAUGCGAAGAGCACGCUGAAGCAGAGUGUGGAUCUCCAAGGUGGAGGGCUCAAAGAUCUUGCAGCGCAAUAUCAUCAACGAGCUUUACGGAAAAGGACUAAACCACUACUGGAACAAUACCUCCAAGGAUCAAUAGAUGACACAUGAUGAUUGUACAAGAGGACUGGGAUCAUGAAUAUUUCUCGUGCAACUAGUACAUCACCGCAGCACUGCCAGUUUUCAAGCACAUACUUAGCUGAAAUCUAGAAGUACCCACCUUUGUGCUCAAGUCAACGAUGUAUAUCCAGCAGACUUGUCUAAUCACUGUCGACCUUUUCAAGAAAGCUGCCGACCUGCAGGACCGGGCAAACAGUCAGCAGGCCCAAGCGGACGAGAUUGGCGCGCAGCUGCCCGCUUACGCCGCCCUCUCGGCUCACGCCGCUCUGCAUGCGGAUGACCGUGCGGCACCUGAGAUUCCACCUCCUGCUACAUUGAUGGCAUAGAUUUUUCGUAGUUGUACUAGUUCUUGGGAAGUUUUUUUUCUAGUCGUAGCUACACCUACAGCCUGCUUGUGAGUUCCUUGAACAAGACAUCGAGGACGAGGAGCAAAAUGGUACAAGAAGAGAGAAGCAGGUGAGUCAUUUUAUGAUUUACAGGGAGAAGGAGAAGGACAUCUGCAUCCACACUAAAUGCACAGAAGAACCAUUUAAUGCAAAGGAACGACGACACACCUCUUUUACUAGUCCUAGGUCUCAGCAGAUGUAUAGAUACGAACACCAGAAAGAUGAAGCACAACAAUCUCAUGCACUGUCAUUUCCUACACAUCGCUAAAAGUACACGAAAAGAACCAAUGGUCUGUGUGAAGUGAAGUCAUG